AUGGAACUCUUCCGCGAGAUGUCUCAAAGAGGAUUGCUUGGAAACACAAUCACUUACAACACUUUUAUCCAUGGGUUAUUUCAAGCUGGAGAUUGUGAAAAGGCCCAAAUGGUAUUCAAACAGAUAUAUAAUGAUGGUGUGCCUCCCAAUAUCAUGACAUACAACAUUUUGUUAGAUGGACUUUGUAAAAACGGAAAGCUAGAGAAAGCAUUGGUGGCUGGGAAGGUGGAAGAUGGGUGGGAUUUAUUUUGUACCCUCAGUCUUAAAGAAGUGGAGCCUGAUGUUAUAACCUACAAUACAAUGAUCUCAGGAUUUUGUAGGAAAGGUUUAAAGGAGGAAGCAGGUGUCUUGUUCAAUAAAAUGAAAGAAGGCGGACCUCUUCCAAAUAGCCGUACUUAUAAUACGCUGAUCAGGGCGCAUCUUAGAGAUGGUGACAAAGCAGUAUCAGCUGAAGUCAUCAGAGAAAUGAGGAGUUGCGGGUUUGUUGGAGAUGCUUCAACUUUUGGCUUGAUCACAGAUAUGUUGUUUGAUGGGAGAUUGGACAAAAGCUUCUUGGAAAUGCUUUCUUAA